UGUGCACGCGCACGCUGACGUCAUUGGUAAUUCCAAAAUGGGCGGAGCGGGCCGGCUACGUGAACGGGCAGCUUCAUGACAAACUUUCUUUUCAAACAUUUCUGUUGCGUCAUAUAUCGCUACACCAUGGAUGAGUGGUCUGUCAUUGUGUCUCACAGUGAGGCACGAUAAGCUUGACUCCAAAUGUAAUGGCCACUCUGAGGACAAGGUGCCUUCUGUCCUUCUUGCUGGUCCACCUAAAAAAUUGUUCUCCUACAGCAGGUCCUCCUGCUCCCCCUUCUGCUCCUGAGUGCUUUAUUCCAUGUAAUGAGGAAAACCUUUUAUAUAUUAACUGUUCCUGGAAUGCAAGCCCAGACCUUCAAGGAGCCUCUUACUACAGCCUGCACUGGGAGCCAGAAAACAGGACGGAGAAGCAUGUAAUCAAUGGGACCAAUCUGAGUGAGGUUAUCCAUCGUGAGCACUUUACCUACCAUGAAAAUUUUAUUGUUUGGGUUGAGGCAACAAACCAGCAUGGUUCUGCCAAAUCUCAGACUGUUAAGUUCUACCCACAAGAUAACAUCAAGUCGUGCCCUCCUAAAGUCACCGUAAGCCAGCAGGAGUCAAUAGAAAUUGACUGGUCUCUCGACUGUGGUAACAACCAGCUCUCUGCGGGACCCUGUCAGCUCCGACAUAGGACCGAUGCGGAUCAAGUUUGGCAAGAGCAUGACAGUGGAAAUGCUAACAGCUAUACAAUGGACAGUCCCCAGCCCUGCACGCUCUACGAGUUUCAGGUUCGCUGUACCUGUGAAACAAUCUUGAAAAGUGACUGGAGUGAAAUCCACAGAACACAUUAUGGAGAGACAGCCCCCAUUGGAAAGCUGGAUAUAUGGAGGGACUGUGGGAUAUCCCUGACAAGCACUGACUGUGUUCUGAUUUGGAAGAAACUUCCUAUAUCGCAGGCAUGUGGCCUCAUUCAGGUAUAUGAAGUCAGGCUGUCUUACAAUAACGGCACAGCAAAGCUGGUGAAUGUGUCCGUAGAUGAACCGAGCAGUCAGCUGGUGUGUGAUGAGAUGCAAUGCUACCUCAACUCCUCUCUCAAGGAUGUAUCGUCAGUCACUGCGUCAGCAUACAAUGCUCAUGGUGCCACAGUGCCUACAUAUGUAGCUAUGCCAGGUAAAGACAAAAAUAAACACGCUUUUGAUAUCACUAUGAAUGAGGAGAACCUCACUGUGUCCUGGGAUCUGCCCUCUCUGCUCUCUGACAACCUGGAUGAAUAUGUAGUGCAAUACAAACAAGCAGAAUGUCUUCUUCCAGGCCAAGGAUUUGACUGGGUCAAAGUCAACAAAAGCCAAACAUCUGUAUUUUUUAAAGGUCCAUUUAAAAAGUACACACCGUACCAAGUGUCAUUGUUCACAGUAUCACACAGCAGGAUAGUCCACCAAAAGUCAAGAGUGUCAUCAGUUUUUGGAUAUUCAGCUGAAGGAACCCCCUCCAAAGUGCCAUCAUUUAAGGUGUUGUCUAUUGCUGCCACUCAUGUGAUCCUGGUUUGGGAGCCUGUUCCCUUUUUCCAGCAGAAUGGGGUGAUCCGGUAUUACCAGAUAGGAGUAGACGGGCAAAACGUGUACAAUGUCAGUGCAUCACCACAUCAGGAAAAUAUGACUUUUGAGCUGAAGCAUUUGAGUCCAGGCCAAGAGUAUGAGGCGUGGAUAAAAGCUGUGACAAAGGCCGGGCCUGGAGCAAAUACCACCACAAGGUUCAAAACUGAGCAGGACCAGAGUUAUGUGCACUCAAUACCAUGGAUUACUGGGGUUGUAGCGUUUGUACUUUUGAUUACAUGCUCUUCUUGUGUUUUGUUCAGUCAAGGAAAAAACAAAGAAUAUCCGUCUCAGUGUUUUUAUGACAAAGUGCCAGAUCCCCGCAACAGCCACAUCAUCAAACAGGUGAGGCGCCAGUUUAAUGAACCCUGUACUUGCAUUAGCAUUUCUAUCUGUGAGCCACAUCCCAAGAUCUCUCAGCUGGAAGUUGUUGAAAUCCAGCCCGGGGGUUUCAAAUCCUCCAUGAAGGAAAUCUCGGACCCUGAUGGAUUAACUAGGCCAAUGAAUGGAGAUUGGUGUCUACAGAUGGAUGAUCCGAGGAAGGAUGUUGUCACAGAAGAGUGUGACAGAACAGACCAAAAAUAUGGAAGAGAGGAGUACAGCAAAAUGAUUGACUCUGAUGAAGAACGGGACAAGGGGGAUGAAGGGGACGGGGGCAGUUCCUGGAACUCAGCAGAGGAAGAAGAGUUCACAUUAGGUUAUGAAAAGCACUUCAUGCCUACUGCUAUGGAAGUACUGGAAUUUUAAUGCUUUCAUGUUGGAUCAUGGACAUUCGUAUCACAUCUGUGUUGUAUUUUUUAAAUGUGCACAAUUUUUUUCAAAAAGGAAGUAUAAUUGUAAAUGAUGACUCUCUGGAAAGGCUGCUAUAGCCUCUCUCUGUGGGACCAUGGAGGGCAGAUUUGUCACUGGAGAGAUUUACCUACUGAAGCUAAUGACCAGUCAAAGUCAAACAGCCCCACUUACCAUGGCCUGCUCCUUUUGCAUUGUUUGGUAUUUGGUUUGUUUAAAUUUGACUAUUGUUUGUUUCACUGUAUGGUGAUGGUGUUAUUAUUGCCUUUUCUGUUUCAAUUGCAGCUCUUUUUUGUCUUAUGUUGAGCCUGGUUGAAAAUAUAAACCAAGAAUAGUAUUGCUGCAAAAAUAACACAAAUGCAUAGACAAACUGACCAUUUACUGGGUAUGCAGUAAAUCACAUUUUUAUAAUCCACAUGUUGAUCCACACUGGAACCAUAAUAUAAUGAAUGCAGAAUCAGGAGUGACAGUUGACCCUUGCCAAUAUACAUGAUUAUAUGUAUACACAUUUCAGUAAACUCAUUAUAAAAUUCUUUGUGGAAUGCAAGUACAGUUUAUGGUCUAGCCAUUUAAAAGUGAAAUCCAAACAUUCAUAUACAUAAAGCAUACUUUUUUAUAACACUCAGGUGACACUAAAUGAAUGCCCAGUUACUGGGCUUUUUUUUAAUUCUCAGAUAAGCUUUUGAAUGUGUACAUCUAUAAAUCAG